AUGAUCAAGUUAUUACUAUGUGUUGGUGGCAUCUAUGCUACAUUUCUCACCUGGGCAUAUCUACAAGAGAAACUUACAGGCAACUACUCGCUCGAUGGGGGUGAAGCUUAUAUUCGUGCUCCGCUAUUCCUCAACAUGUUGAGCUCGUUUCUCAGUAUAGUUGUUGGACUGUUUUAUUUGAAAGUGCAGACUAGAGGAACACCGAGGAAGAGGGAAAUGAAAAUGUUCCCCAAGUUGCCAAUGGGUGCAUACCUGUCACUGGUACUAAUUUCCGUGGCACAGUCUAUUUCGAGUCCAAUCAGUUAUAUGGCCUUGGAACAUAUAGAUUAUGUCCUGUAUUUGCUUGCUAAGAGCUGUAAAUUGAUUCCUGUGAUGAGCGUGCACUUUCUAAUCUUUGGUACAAUCUAUCCCCUCUACAAGUACAUUGUUGCAUUGGUUAUCACCAGUGGUGUUUGUAUUUUUUCAAUUGGAGGUAAGAGCUUGUCACUAAAGGGAGGAGGCGAUGUCAAAUUGGGGAUGACCAUGUUAUUGAUUUCUCUGUUUCUGGAUGGGUUUGUCAACUCUGCCCAAGAUAUGAUGUUCAAAAACCCUAGAGUGAAGGGACUAAUCACCGGUGCACACUUGAUGGUGUAUUUGAACAUCAUGAAGUUUAUCUUGAUCAGUGGGUAUACGUUGAUAUUUACCAAUCAAAUCCAAGAGGUAUUGACGUUUGUCAAAGUCAAUGGCAAUCGUGCCCUUGUUGAUAUGCUGCAAUUUUCCCUUUGUGGGGCAUUUGGACAGAUUGCAAUAUUCAUCACGUUACAAGAAUUCAGCUCGGUUGUUUUAGUUACCGUUGCAGUUACACGGAAAAUGAUUAGUAUGUUAUUGAGCGUCAUUAUUUUUGGACAUUCUUUAACUAGCAAGCAAUGGGUAGGUUUAUUCCUCGUCUUUGGGGGCAUCUUCUUAGAGAGUGCGUCCAAGAUAUUCAAGCCAAGGGAGAAAUUAAAGGAGACGUAG